AAAAACCACAGGAUAUAGGAAAGUAUAAAAAAAAAUAGGAUAAUCGAAAGUUAAUUAGGAUUAAAUAGGAUAAAUUUAUGCUACGCAGGAUACAGGAGCAGAGACUGCAAUUUUUUCACCAACUCUGCUACUUUCGUUUGUUGCUCCUUUUACGUUUGCGCUCGACUUUCUCCGUUCGUUAGACGUUUUGCCACGGUAUCGUGUCCAAAUUAAUUUCGUAUGGUCCUUGAAACGCGACCAUGCUCUUCUUCAGCACGAUUCUUCGAUUCCUCCUUCUUACGGUCUUUCGUUCUCAGCUAUGCAUCGAAAUUCAUUUUCGUAUCUUGUUCGGCGCGAGAGCCCGCCGAUUGCCAUGUUCUGAUUACUCGAGGAAUCAGAGCGUCCUCCUCGCCGGCCGCAGUAGAUUAAAUUUUAGCAAGUCACUACCAUCACCGGGUUACCGAUUCAUCGCAAUGUUCCUGCAAUUAGCCACCGGUGAAUGGAUUCACGGCAUUCUUAAGAAUUUAGCGGCGGGAAAAAACAGCAGCUUGGUAACGUCUUCGCGGAUGGUGUUGCGUGGAGAACCGGCCGAGCAGAAAUCUCAUGAAAAUUCGAUAUUGACGCAGGAACGUCCGCUACCGUACCAUCCGUUCGCCACCGUAACACGGAACACCGUAAGCGUAAUUCGUCAACGAAAAUUGGUUAAACACGCGUUUGCAAAAUUUCCAUCGAUAUAGAAAAUUAUAAUCGCAAUAUAUGUAAUAGUUAGGUCUCGUCCCUCGUACUAUUAACGGUUAAUAUUUCUACUUGUCCACUGUACGAAUUCCACUGAAAUUACGCGACUAUCGUGAUUAUAAAAAGGAAUUUCAGGAAUUUGCUUAUUAUUGUUUGGCAGUAGUCGCUGAAAGGACUACUUUAUAUACCGUGAAGUGGAACGCGUAAUCGCUAUAACGCAACUACCAGUUUCUUAUAGUUUUCAUUAAUUUUUGUUGCACGUAUACGGCGUUUUAUUUGAAUACUAUUAUUAUAGUAUUUGAGUACUAUUAAUACGCGUUAUAGGUAUUAUAUACGAAACUUUCUGAAAUGUAAUUACCACCGUAACGAGAUAAAACCGAUCGAUUAUAUCGACCUAAUUUGAAAGCAACGAAAACACCCAUACCUAUAGAAAUUAUUACGUUGCAUAUUUUUAGAUUCGAUUAAAAUUUUACCGAUAUAAACGUAACAGUCGCGUUUCGCUAUAACGCCGAUGAAAUUUGAAAAUGUACGUUCGAAAAUGUUCGUAAAAUUCGUAAAAAGAUCGAAAGAUAUUCGCGAAGCGGCCAUUGACAGCGGUCUCGGCGUAAUCGCUGCCGCGUCCGUCUCUGAUCGUGCGUAAACUUUCGCGCAUAAAUAACGUUACAUCUGUUGGCGGACGAUCGAAUCGUCGCGCGUCGCGUAGUCUACGAACGGGUCUAACGACCGGCGAGUUUACGCCGCGUGAUUCACCGAUCGUAUCCUGUUUACGUAUCUUGCAGCACGUCGAUCGAUUCCGGAUGCGGCCUCGCGAAAGCAGCCGAGAAGUCGAUACUAUUCUCCUUGAUGCGGCCGCGACGUAACUCGAAUUCCACACGGAGAAAAGCGCGCCUCUAUUGUUGGUCAAUGUGCGACCGCUUGGUAGCGAUGUGCUCAAGUACACCGCAAGUAGGUUCGGUUCGAACAUUGACCGACUACGUUCGAACCCGCGAUAAGUAUCUCGAGAGAAAGGAAGCUAAUAAUUUCAUACUAAUGAAUUGAUUACGUCAAUCUUGCAAAGCUGUGGUAUGGUAUGUAAAUAGGAACGAUUAGUACCUGAAAGAGUAUCGAUUCAUUCUGAUGUCGAAGACGAUCAAGAUACGUACCUGCGUGUGGAUAGAUCUCUACAAAGAACACCGAACAACUCUAUUAAAUGAAUUGAAUUUUGCUAUUGGAUUUGAUUCGGAUUUACGGAUACGCGUUUGCGUCGAACUUGAUCCCAUCGCUAUAGCUUAGUCGGCUACUAGCGAAAUCGACACUGUCUUACGAUACAGCAAGCGACAAAUUGCCCCGAUAUCAAAUAGUUUAAUAACCGAUACCAUCUUAACGAUCAUCGUUCGAUGAAGUUGCAUCGUGCGAAAGAGAACACCCCUACUAACUGUUCCAUGCAUAACUGUUCUUCCGUCCAAAGACAGGAAAUUUGGAUUUUUCUUUUCGUUCGAUCGAAAUUUUAGCUCGAAACGUAAAGUACGGUGCGAUUCUGACAACCUCGGUUUCGUCUUUUCCUCUGACUUUAAAUUUCGAAUAGUAAUAAACUACUUGUCGGAAUAAAUAAUAGAUAAUAAAAAACGAUAAUCCUCAUAGGCUUUCGAAACAUCGAUGAAACGAAGCAACGAAUCCUUUCGACUCUUUCUUUUCCGCUACUUUCUAAACAUUAUUAUUUUCUUUAAUCGUUUAACAAGUAACUCCAACCUUUCGAGGAUUCUCUUAGACGACGAGUGCGGGAACCUUUUCUGUUUUCUAUUUCUGUGACCGUUGAACGUACCGUAAAAUGAUAAAAAUUUUUGGUAAAAAUAAUAGGGUUGCAUCGAUAUUUAGGAGAGUCGGCCGACGAGAAAGUUAUUAGGGCUUAAAUAUUAUAACGGAGAAUAACGCUUUACGGUGAAAUAGAAUAUCUUCGCUUAACAUUCACUCGUCGCGGUCGACACGCGUUACCGGCACGGCGUCACGGAAAAGAAGAACGAGGUUUCGCAGAAACGGAACGCACGAACCGCUUGAAACAAUAGACCAUCCAUCGCAUACCUCGAACGCGUCGAUUGACCGCGUAUUUUAAACAUGCGUCCAACAAUAGCACCGGUGGAAGAAUGUUAAUUGCAAUGAUACUUGCAGCGGAUGCACGUAAUAUUGUUUUCAAGACUAGUAGUAAGCGAUACCAAAGCUCAUCUCCUACUAAUAGCUUCCGAUCGUAUAUACGUGUAUCGUAUAAACUAACUUGCUAGAUAAAACUCUUCUCCGAUCUUAUUUUAAUCUCUCCGAUUUCAAUUCUUCUUUAUUUCAUCGAACAUUCGACAAUGUUCUUUUCCCCGAUAACGGAUGUUUUCUUCCGAAGAAGGGUGACUUUACUUUCCUCUUUGUCGCACUCUCCGCUCUUAUCCGUUUCUUUUCACUGGCGAAGGAAAGCGAGUUGAAAGUUGUAGCUUAAAAUCCGCUAUUUCGGAUAAUUUACGAUAUUUAGGAAGUCGACAAGAGAUUGGCAAAUUCACCGUCGUCGUCAGUUUCGCUAUGCUUUAUAUCGAAUAUCGUAAAUGGAUAGUGUCGAUAAUGCGAAACGGAAUAGCGACAAAGGGAUCGAAGAAGCGUAGAAAACGCGUAAAACGGUUAAGAAAGUCUAGAGUCUUGAACCACCGGAGAAACGUUUCAAACGGGCGUGAAUAAUAAUUAGCCAACAGUGUCCGGUCUACCUCCUUAGGAGCUUCGAGCGAAUAAAUAAUUAAACGUUAACGUAAAACUCGGCGACCGUGGCAUUUUUAUAUCCGUUAUUUAAAAGCGGACGUGGAGAAAGAAGCCGGACAACGCGUACUCUUAAUAGUCCUGUUACGUGUACGUUUCAUUAUUAAGGUUGAUCGUAGUGCUUAUAGGUACAUGCAGUUUUAGAAUUAGUCUCGUUGCGAGAUAAAAGUGAAAAUAUUAUGACACGAUAGUAGUAACAGCAGUACGCUGCUGUUGGUAAAUGUGCGGACACUUUGUUCCAUUUCUACCAGAAACGCACGAACAUUACCAAGAUGCAUGGAAUCAAUGGGAGACUGACAGCUGAAACUGAUGGAAGAGCAAUAUAUCCGAUGCCUCCUCGUGCAGUCGGCCUAUACGAAAGUCAUUUGCUAAGUCGAAGUUAACGCUUUUUAAAGGAAAAAUUUUCUAUACGGGACGAUAAUGACAAGUAACGGUAACGUGACGAGUAUUUCCUAAAAUUUGCUGUCAACUAUGCCAUUUAGUUUAUUAUACCAUCUAUAAACUUUUACACGCUUAAAUCAUUUGAUACGAAACCAUAUGAGUCGAAAUUAAAACUAUACCAUUUAUCCACGAUAUCCUUAUUUACAGUUUGACGUUACAAGCAUUUCUAGCUGUCAUAAAGGAAUUUUUUAAAUAGGAAAGAUUUCUUAUUGAUAUUCAGGUCGAGUCCGGGUUCGUACGUUCGCGUAUCUAAGGUGCGACAUUUUUGUUUAUCUUUCCGCGUUUUCCAAGGUGUUUCGUGGAAAUGAAGCGUCCUUGGAGUUUACCGUGAAAGUCGAGUUUGGUAUGAAAAGCGAGUUAUCGAGCUCCGUCUCGUAUCACGUCCUUAUUCUAUUUGCGCUGAGAAUCUCGUCGAUUCCGGAUGCAUAGGAUGCAGCCGGUGAAAGUGAGUUCAGGGGCGUAGCCUUGCGACGAGAGAUUAAGGAACGGCCACGUUCGAGAGAACGAGCAAGUCGAGGCGCACAAAGUCUCCGCUAGUAUAUUCAUAUAUACUUUUAUUCGAACGCAUUUCUAGAUACCUACAGAUUUAUUUGGCGACCUGAAAAGUUUUUCUAAAAGUAAAUAAUUUUUCAUUCUUAAUAAUUAUAAUCUGGCAUUUUCAAGUUCCAAUAAAACCGUACGUACGUUCCUUUAAAAUAUAGAAAGUGAAAUAUAAGGUUGUAUAAACACGUUGAAUGUUUCGGUUUCUGCUCAAAGAUUUCGUAAGAAUAAAGUUUUCUCGCAGAGACGCGAGUAUCGCGGCGGGCCAAAGAGAUAAAGAGAGAUUUUAAUCGGAACGAAUUGCUGAAAGAAUAUUUAUCGUCGCAUGACAACAAUAUCGGUUUUCGAUAAAAGUUACACGUUGGUCUGUGCCGACGUUCCACAGAUAUCGUAGUUACAGUAUGCAAAUACUUUAAUGGAAUACGUCAUCUGCGACUAAUUUAUAUACAAACAUAUAUUAAAAGCUAUUAUACAUGAAAUACGUAACAUCGAUACGGCUGAAAAUUCAUUUUCAUUCGUGCAUUUCUAUUUCUUCCAUUUUAGUUAAAUUCGGAAUUAUGUCAUCGUAGUGACAAAUUUCUAUCUGCUUGCAUUCUACAAGACAGCCUCGAACGCAUUUUAUUUGUAACGUGAUAAAAAAUUACAGCUUGAAACAACGAGUUAUCACGUCUGAUUUAUUAUUUCGUCACUUUGCAAAUACCACGGAGAAAGUAACUUUAUUCCGCGUGAGAUUCAGAUAAAUCGUUAUUCGAUACUUUUUCCUUUGAGUUUUGACAUAAGGGAUUGCCCGUUAUUUUAUUUCAGCCAAGUGGCUUCGAUUUGAUCGAGACAAUGAAUUUUUAUAAUGGUAGCGCGCCUGCGCUCAAAGUUGUUCUCGCUUCGAACAUUAUCCAACAGAAAGACGUCUAUAUUGUCUAUAUUGCAAAAUCAUAGGAGCAGAUCAUUUUUCAAAUAUAUUAUUCGUCGUAUUAACGUCGACGUAAGAUAAAUCAUUGGGUUAAUCAUAUGGGUAGUUGGCUGUUCUACGUAAACGGGUAAGCAUAUUGGUAUAGUUAGAGGAAUAUCAGCGAGAUUGAAAACAGGCUGGAACGUUGACGUUCGAAGAACAAAGAGGCGUAAAAGAAGGACAAGAAGACUGAAAUAGACGACGAUGAUGCAAAGGAGAAAUGGCAUAGGGAGAGUGAGAGUAACUUGUCCCAUUGAAUCGAUAUUAAUCUCCCUCCGUAUUAGGUAGCGGAACUAACGGCAUUGGUAUGCAAGACAGUGUGGCCAACAAAAGUGAAAAACGAGAGUAAGCGAAUCCCGGUUGCCGCUGUAUCGUCGAGAACAAUUUCAAAAUUGCACCAGCGCGAGAAAGCAAGUAGCCGGAGGUCCGCCAGUGACUCAUUGUCACGGGAUUCGUUAACUCGCCAGGUGGGAGGCUGGUUGGAACAGAAAAUUCACGCGUAGGUGGUGAAAGUGAGUGGUUCGGUGACUUAACGAGACCGUUUUCGCCUGAUGUCUGACGCGUCGGUCGCUAUAAACGUGGAGAAUACGAGCGAUUUUAUACAUAAGAAUGCUAUCUUUUACAGUGAAUAUUUAUUAAAUUCGCACGGCUUGUCUUUUGAUUAGUUUUAUCACUGACAGACACGUUAGAGAACGAAUUAUCGCGCGAGUUAAAUCAUCUUUGCAAGUUACGAGUUGUAUUUUCGUGGAAUCAAGUACGAGUUCUAUAUCUGCGUACAAUCGAACGAUACGAUUUUUACAUUCUCCACUUAGUCCACUUGGUGUUCGAACUUUAACUUUUCAAUCGAAAUUCAUAAAUAUUUGCAUUUUGCAACUUGAUACUCCGUGUUUCACGUAACUCGUGACUUGUUUGAUAAAUUUAUGUUGGAAUAAUCGAGUUACAAGUAUGCGCUGUAUGAUCUAUUUCGCCAGCUGCGUGGCAAUUUUAUCGAGCGAACUUGAGCGCGUUCGACGCAAUUGUGAAAGAAAGCAUUCUUAUUCCCGUAGAAAGUGCAUUCUUCUUCUUCUUCCUCUUCUUCCUCUUCUUCUUCUUUUUCUUCUUCUUCUUCUUCUUCUUCUUCUUCUUCCUCUUCUUCUUCGACAGACCGGUGAUCAGCUAAACGGCGGAGCUAUUUUUUUUUCUUCGUCGCGCAAUGACGGUGAUAAACGAUCCUGCUCUCGCCCGGAGAAAUCUUUCGAUCUAUCAUUCGCCUCCUUUUCUUUGAUUUCCUAUUCUUCGAUGUUCGCGACGCUCGUAUUGGGAAAGGUCGAUCCUUGGUGCUUUUACGAGUUACAGUCAUAAUGUGUAGCAUUAUGACGAGACGUAAAGUGAAACGCUUCGAUCCUUAUCUUCCUUCCGAUGAUACACGCUGUUACUACAACGGUGAUGGAGAAUAUAGUUUCAUGGUCGAAAGUGUAACGACUUUCAAUUUUACGUGGUAAUUGGCGAGCAAGUUACAAUAGGCGAGAAUUUAUGAAAUAUUCUACUAAUAAGUAGCGAUGGGCUUAAAGUAUUGUACGUCGCAAGUAUAGCGGCUGCAAAACGUAUUCGCCCGUCAUUUCUAGCUGGGUUCACCAAUAAGUUUCUUUACUUUUCGCUAGUACGUGAUAUACCUGUAUUUCGAGGAAUAUUAUAAUUUACAUAAAGGAAAAUUAAGGAAGACGGAUGUGUGUGUGUGUAGAUAGAUAGAUAGGUAGAUAGAUAGAUAGAUAAUAGAUUAAUUUUUUUAUUUAUAAUUUACUUUUUUUUUUUAGAAAAAAAGCAAUGCUUUAACAGUAGAAACGAUGGAACUUUACGACCAUCUUAACAGAGAUUAAUCAAAAAUCGCUUCUCUUAGGUAUCGUUCAUAGAUAGUUGGAAGAGAAAACGGGUUAAAAUAAAUAUAGGAAUUCCAGCUAUCGCGUAUAAUUCUGUAUAAUUUUCCUGCGAUAAACGUUUAACGAAACACCCGCAAGUAGCUGGAAAUCGCAGGAUGACGCACUAUGAAUUUUAAUACAACAUGGUUGGAAAGAGCGAAACUGGUUAAAUCGAAAGAUACGAAUCUUUGAAAGAUACAUAACUGGUAAAUGUAGGAAGUUUCGCGACAAACUAAUAGCAUAAUGUUACGACGAUCGAUACGUAUGAUCGAUACAUGUCAAAUUACGUAAAAAGGAAAUUGGUAUUUUUUAUAUAAAAGUAUUAAUUGUCCGUUCUAACUUUUAAUAGACGAUACGAACAUCUGUUUAAUUUCUGUUUCUUUAAUUGCGUCCAUAAAAAUAUAAAUUUGCGUAAAACCGGCAAUUUCCUUCCGAGUAUUGGAACUGUACGAAGCGAAGCUCGAAUGUUGGAUUUGAUUGGGACUUAUAGUUCCAUGUUGAAGUUGCUGCCAUCGCUACCAAUAAGUAGCAAGUAAGUUCUAUAUCGAGAUUGAAAACAAUCGAAAUAUCAGACAAUGGAAGAAAGCGUUUCAGCAAGCGUGAUAAAAAUUUAUUAGCUAUCGAGGCAUUUGAGAUCACGCGUGUGAUUUUGUUUAGCAAACGGCUAAUUGUUCCAGCUUCUUUCUCUGUUUCCUAUACGAUGACGCGCGUUUGUGUGUGUUACGCGUGAAUUACGAAUAUCGUUACACAAAGGUGGCAGAUUUCGUGGCCUCUCGUUUGUAGAACAAACGAAACGGGUUCUCUGAUCCAUCGCGUGCGAUACUUUAUCGGCCUGCGAUUCACGCGCGACGAACUGUUAAAUAUCGCGUUAAACGCUUCAUUUUAUAUCUUUCCAUGGUAUGUUUGAAACCCGCUUCGGUUGAAACGACUGCUUGAUCCUUUGCAACAAGUACGAAGAGUAGAGAUAAUGGUCAAUUUGUAUUCUUUAAAUACACUUUCGCGACUCUACGAUAACGUCGACCGUGUUUCUUCUCCAUAUAGCUUAAUGUGAAUGCGAAAUACAUUGUUUUAAAUAUUUUCUAUAAAUCUACGAUCUUUGAUAGUUUUAACGUUAAAUACGAGAUUUGUUAUCAUUUAUUUAUGUUGGUUGCUUCGACAUAAAGCUCGUGAUAUUUGGCAUGUCAGACGACGAAUUUGUUCUGUUACUUUCUCGAUCGUUCUCAAAUUGCACGACGUUGUGUGUGUGUGUGUGUGUGUGUGUGUGUGUGUAGAAAAUAAUUACGAACGCAGAAAACGUCAAACUACUUUCUACCGUUCGCGAUGCCCGGAUACCGUUAAACGCCGAUACUAAUAUAACGAAAAUCGAGGGGCCCCUUUCGAAAGUUCUUUCAGUCGAAAAUGAAUAUCGGUAAACAAAGUUAAGACACGCCAUUCGAAAUAUAUUUGUUUAAUUUGGCAAUUUAUUACAUUGUUUGUUACAAGCGUGCAGAUCGCGAAUGUUUCGUUUCAAUAAAGAGAUAUUAACAAAUGGAACAGGUAAGACGGGAAAUAAAUAUUUUUAUAACAUAAUUAAUUUUAAUGUUCAUUUCAUUUUAGUGUUCUUGUCACAUAAUUACGAAUUGUUUCGCCUUGGAAUGUUCCUAUAAUUUUUAGCAAAUUACACUUUCCAAGUUACGCAUAAUUGUCAUAAAACAAUAGUAACACAAAGCGAAAAUAUAUUAUUAAAUGGCGAUCGCGGUUAAUCAAUAGCGUAAACAUAGCACUUCUUCGUCUUAGCCGAUAAGUAAACUAAUCGAUUUUUCGUUUGCUUUUAUUUCAUACAGCAAUUUAGUAAGUAUAUGACUAACGAAUAAACAGGUAUAAAACUUUGGAAAGAAAUAAAAUUUCUGACGAAAUAUUUGUUUAUUCGAAUUAAUUGCAAGUUAAUACCAGCGAUUCUUUUAAAUAACCGAGUAAAGGCCUUCGACAAUCCGUGCCGAUACUGUCGUCGGCUCAUGCUAAUUGUAAAUUUAUUUCCAAAUGCGCGAAUCCUUUCUUCGUUCGGAGUAAGAAACUUUAAUUUUUGUCGUCGUCAUACGUUCGAUCAGAGGGAAAGUUUCAGACUUGUACUAUCCAAUUCCGACAAGAAAUUACAAAUUAGCGUUCAUCGUUUGUCCACUAGUCGUCGAACGAAUUUCCAUUUUUCACGCUCCUAGCCGUGACCGUUGAUUUACAUGGCAGAACUUUAUCGUGACAAUUUUAUUACCACUUGCAAUCAGUCGCAAUUUGAUUUCCUUAUCUUGAUGGACAUACCGUUGAUUCGUAAGUGACAGGAUGCUUCGACUAAUUUAAAACAACGGUGUAUGAAUGUUGGUGAAACGUUUAAAUCAAUUUAAAUCAAUGAGAAAUUAGAGGCCGGAGGCGAUACUUAUCUUAAGGCGUUUUCUUAUAGAAUCAAUAACAAAUAAUAAAAGAUUCACUGACAGAAUAUUAAAAUUUGAAACGCGAUUCAUCGAUGUAUCUACUGGAUUCAAAUAUUAUAAUAUAAAUUCAGCGAAACCUCUCUUAUCCGUUCUGCAUUUUAGAGACCAUGUAAAUGUAACGUGCAGACAGAGAAAGAACUUUUUCGGAAUGUUCUGUUCGUCACCUUUAAUUUCGACACGGCUUAUUUAAAGUCAAUUUUGUUACACCGAAGUAAUAAAAUAAUAACCAGAAUGUGGUUAUUAUUAUUUAUCGAUGCAAUUUUUAUUUACGAUCCUGUAAAUUAAUUGGACUGGCAAUGGUAAGCAAGUGGCUGGCUAUUUUCGAGCCACGACGUAUACAUUUUUCGAGGACGUGUAUGAAGUAGAACGAUGAUAAAUACGCGGAAGAUUCUUCCUCCCUUAAAAUAGUCACAACUCGAGUUCGCUGAGCCAUACAUCCCAGCUUUGUGUUUCGAUAAUUUAUGCGUACAUUUGCAACAUUUUCCUCGUAAUUUGUACGUCGGUUUGCGAACGAAUCGUCCGUUUAUUGGCACGCUAAACGUGUUAAAAGCGCAGCUUCUUCGGGCAUUCUUCGAGGAAUACGGCGCCGCUGGCGCUGAUACGUCCAGGUUAAAACCGUUCUUUCAGCGAUUAGCAUAUAGGCACACUGACACACUAAGGUCGUGUAUCUACGUGCUUUCCUUUUUCUUUUUCCUUUUUCUUUUUCUUUUUUUUUUUUCUUUUUUUUUCUUUCUUACGAUACUUUUGGUACCAGACAAAGUCUGAAGUAAAGAAUUUUGGAGCACGCAGCGCGACCAGUUUGGCAGAGUGGAAUGACAAACAGGUAACCGAUCGUGAGCGAGCGGUUGGAUUUGCAAUAAAACUACGCUGCGUCGUGAAAAUAUUUGAAACUAAUAUUUGGCAUAGGAAACCUUUUAAGAAUUAUUGUAUUUACAGCGUCGUUCUUUUGUUCGAUCAUCGCGUAUCGUUAUUAUCCUUUUAACAUGCUAGACUAAAAUAUGCUAAAAAUGGAACGUACUUUAAAUUAAACGUAUUCACCUUGUUUAUCAUCUACCUUAAAUAUAUCUGUUUGCUUGUAUCGAGACGCUGUUUCCUUUUUCCGAAGAAGUACAUCGUUUAAUUCGUAUUCGCGUAAACGUAUUCGCGUUUCCAUCUACCGAUCAACUAUUUUACGAAUAAUUUGUUUGUAACAAAUUUCGAAUUUACGCGGUUGACCGGCAUGGGUGCUGAGCAAUUUAUACGCUACUCUAUAGUUUAUAUAUACCAAAGAAUAUGUACACGUAUGUAUAUUGGUUAACAGGGACAUUUCGGUAGAAUUCGGUCACCGAAGGUGCUUAAGUUUGAAGUAUGCUCUUAAGAACGUACGCCGGAGAAAUAUCUACAGUGGUAAUGGAAUAUUAUGGAGAUGAUUUAAACGGAGAGGACACUCGCAUGAUGGAGAGGACGUGGCGGAGUAUACGGAGAUCGACUUUAAUCUUGUUGCUGCCUUUGCUUUUAGCUGGUGUAAAUUGCGAAGCUCCGUUGGUGGACAGUAGUGCACUGCCAUUAGAACACAGAUCGGUUUACGGGCCACCGGCGCAAUAUGGUCCUCCUGCGACGCACGGCGCCGAGGAAAAUUGGCCGCUGGCGUCUCCGGACACACCGCAAAUAAAACAUUUGCAGGUGCAAUGCGAGAAGACGCACAUGCGAGUAAACAUCGAGUUCGACAGACCGUUUUACGGAAUGAUCUUCAGUAAAGGUUUCUACUCGGACCCGCAUUGCGUUCACUUGAAGCCGGGCACAGGUCAUCUGAGCGCGACCUUCGAGAUCUUUUUGAAUUCCUGCGGAAUGAGUUCCUCCGCUAACCAUAACGUGGCGGCUUACGGAGCUCCGACACCUUCCGGUAGUUACGUGGAGAACACAAUAAUCGUUCAGUACGAUCCGUACGUGCAGGAAGUGUGGGAUCAAGCGAGGAAGCUGCGCUGCACUUGGUACGAUUUCUAUGAAAAGGCAGUAACCUUCAGACCCUUCCAAGUGGAUAUGUUACACGCCGUUACCGCCAACUUCCUCGGCGAUAAUCUGCAAUGCUGGAUGCAGAUCCAGGUUGGCAAAGGACCAUGGGCCAGCGAAGUCUCCGGCAUAGUGAAGAUAGGGCAAACCAUGACCAUGGUCUUGGCUAUCAAAGACGAUGAGAAUAAGUUCGACAUGUUGGUGAGGAACUGCGUUGCCCACGAUGGCAAGAGAGCACCUAUUCAGCUGGUAGAUCAGUAUGGUUGCGUUGUUAGGCCGAAGAUCAUGUCAAGGUUCCAGAAGAUAAAGAACUUCGGCCCGAGCGCCUCCGUCGUCAGCUUCGCUUACUUCCAGGCUUUCAAAUUCCCCGAUAGCAUGAACGUUCAUUUUCAAUGCGUGAUACAAGUUUGUCGUUACAAUUGUCCGGAGCCAAAAUGUGGACAUCCUGGGCUCGAGUACGGUGCCCCUGCCGCGGGUCUCACUCAGGAAUACGGUGCACCGGUUCAUCAGAACCUUGGUGCCGAAUAUGGAGCGCCUCCGGUACCCGAAUACGGUGUACCACCGGCGUUUGCCGAUCCUCGGCAUCCCAGUGGACCGGCUGGAGCUUACAGUGAGCAGAACGCGGACGUGGUACCAGCGCCGCAAGCACAAACCUCGUCUUCCUCGCCGAGUUCUACGCCGGGAGAUGCGACGGCCAGUAGCUCGCCGCAGAGCCCGCAAGAUAACAUUCACCUUCCUCCGCCCCCUCUUCCUGGUCAUCCAGCCGGGGCCUAUCAGACCGUGAAGAGAAAGGGAACCGCCGGUUCCGAGGAGCUCGAGGGUAACCUGGCCACCCUCGGAGGUCGACCGAGGUCGGUCGAAGGUUUUCCAGCCGAGCUUAGAGGUGCCAGAAGGCGAAGAUCCGCCGACGAACAUUUGCAUGACGAUGAUUCCAGUAUCUACCGCACUGUCACCUUAGUCUCGAGCCAUGUGUACAAGCGAGCAGCCCAGGAGAUGACAGACGUGAACACCUCGAGGACGAUUCAGGUGGUCGCGCCAGGCGACGUGAACUUCGCCUUAGGCACAACGAAUUCCAGCAACGAUACCACGGUUGUUAUCCAAAACGCCAGCGCCUCGGCCGAUCCCGAGACCAUCUGCAUGAGUCUGCCUGGUUUCGUCGGUGGUCUCGUGAUGCUUCUUCUCGUAGUGGUAGUCGCGUCCCUCGUUGCGGCGUUCCUGUUCGUCAGGGUGCGCGCCGUUGACCGGAAAAACAUCGUGGCCGGAAGCGGCUUCGUGCACGCGGCGUACGCAGCGGAUAACUGCAGCGUGCCGAACCCAGAAUUCGUCAAGGUGGCCAACUGAGAAACGGUGGCGACGGUGAAAGAAAUUCGGUGAAGAACGAGAGAAAACGAUUCCUCGAGGAUGGCCGAUCUCGAGGACGGACACCGUGCUGCAAUAUUAUUUAAUUUUUAUGGCCGAGUUACCUCGAACAUUCUCUCCGUUCUCCUCUGUCGUUCGUUCGAUUUUCUCUUUCGGAAUCCAGCUUCUUUUCCACAGGCCUCUUUCCUUAGUCGAAUCUUAUCGUUGGUCGAUCGAACGUGUGCUUUUCUCUUCGAUCGAGUUUGCUUGAACGAAGGAACGGACGGAAUGUUCGGGUACCGUGUAAAUAAGCGCACUAGAAACGCGACUCCGCAGCAGAAGCAGAGAGAACAAGAGAAAAGGAGGAUGAAUCAAAGAAUCGGAAGAACGACGCGCAAUCGUGUCUGUUAACGCUUUCGCUGCCACGAAGCACCGCGUACCAUCGGGUUGUUCAAACUUUACGCGUUUGCAACGUAACUGCUUGCAACGAUCGUAGGAAGAUGGCUGUAUCGAUGUGUUUAGGAUAUGCGUUUACGCGACUAACGGCGAAACGUUGUCCGAUGCGGGUCGUUCUAGGCCGGACUCCGUGGCACGUCACGAUCGCGGUAAGACUAAGAAAAAGUAGCUUAAUCAGGCGUUAAGGCGUUAAGAUUAAGGAACAAGUCGCGGCGUGCUACGAGGGUAAGGUUCGUCGAUGAUCGCCGGAGCAGCCUCGGAGGGCAUUGUAAAUAAGUCGGAAGUAGUCAGACGGCCCUACGCGAUGCGACGCGCGGAUUUCUUUCUCAAUUCCGCGUGCUCGAUCGCAAACUGUGUUUGUGUACACUCGAUUAUUUAUACGUUUGUAUAAUUCGAAAGAUAUUCCUUCUUCCAACUUCGCUGUACCUCGUAUCUCGUAUCGUGAGCCACGGGUUCUGCGUGUUUGAUGUUUCGCGCGACCGGAAGCCGGAUGUCUCUAUCGGAACUCGUGACGAUUCCUUCGUAUGUCUUCUUAUUUAUAUCGUUUUUCUUUUUACGCUAUCUCUAACUCUCUCUUUAUCUUUCGAUCGAUCUAACCCUAAUUUAUUUGUCGAAAUUACCCGCGAACAUACCUCUCUCCUCAUUCUUCCUCAUUCUCCUUCAUUUUCUCAUCCCUUUUUUCCUCGCUCUUUCGUCCCCCUUGUUCGCUUAGUAUUUAAGAUUUUCGAGGAAAGAAUAUUCCCUGGAUACGGGAAUAUGUUUCAAGUAUGUGUCUUAAGCACACGCCCGCGCUUACAGAAACACACGUACGUACGUACGAAUGUAUAUGUAACCUACGAUGCAGACAGAGUUGCACACGUACACGCAUACGCGCAAGUAUAUAUGUGCGUGAGUUACAUCGUAUACGUCGUAUAAAUACUGGCGCGAGCAACGUAUACACUGAGACAAGAUAUGAUUAUUUCAUAAUUAUUUUAAUUACA